AUGGUAUUGGAACAGCGAAUUUUACAUCUAGAAUUGUUAGACUUUCCUCGAGCAGGAAAUAACAAUUCAUACCAUUACGCUAGACGUCAAUGGAAUGUUGUGGAUGAUCCAUUGUUGAGAUAA